UGGUUCUACACGGGAAAACAAUUGGUGUUAAUGUAGAAGAUGAUGAUUCAUACAUGGACACUUAUGUUAGUUCUUUGUCUACACAAAUGACUUCUAACAGCGUCGGAGAAGAAGCUGAUGACGUUCAUGCUAAUCGUAAUGAUCAUGAUGAAGGAGAAUUAAUUAACAUCGUCCAACGUAAUUUUCUAAUAUAGUAUUUCAUUUCGGUACAUUCAUUUACAUAACUCAUACAGUGUUUUUUGAUAAUAUUAACUAACUCAACCUUUUCUCUUUAAAGGACCAUGGCUACUCCACCUGCCUCGCCUCCUCCUCCUCCUGCAGACACAUCAGCGUCUCCAUCUACGUUGAAGCGGACAUGCAAGGCGACACGGCUACGAUCAUCGGCCACUAGACUACCUGGGGCAGAAAGACUUGUGGUCAACGUCGAUCCUGCUACCGGCAAGGCCGACGGUCCCCACAAGAAGAAAUUAAGAACAUAUUUGGGGAUUUUCGCUCGUGAUAAGGUUGACGCGACAUAUAACACCUGGAAGGAAGUCCCUACUGCUCAAAAGGAUUUGAUAUGGAAGGAUAUUCAGGCGGAAUUUGAAAUCCUUGAAGCUUUUGACAGUAGGACAAAGAAGAAAAUUCUUCAGAUUUUCGGUGAGCGCUGGAGGCAGUUUAAAUCUGACUUGACUAGGAAAUGGAUACUUGCAGCCGACAAGGACGGUGCGGACGACAUUGCCUGUGAAAAAUAUGGCAUUAGCAAGGAUAAAUGGGCCCAGUUUUGUCAGACCCGCAGAGACCCCUUAUGGAAGGAUGUGUGGAAAAAGGCAUAGGCCUCCCAGAAGCAAAACACUGCCCCCCACGUAUUGUCUCGUGGGGGUUAUGAAUAUUUAGAAGAAAAGCUCAUGGCUGAGAAGACAAAGAAAAGAUUGGAAGAAGCUGCCAGUCUGGAAGCACUGAGGGCAUCAUUGACCCUCCAUCUCCCAUCAGACGCCACGUGAAAUGGAAGAUGGCCCGCACGAAGAAAACUGGACAGAUGACGUCUGAGGCAACAAAGGAAAUAGCUGACAGGAUUAUAAGUCAUUUUUAAUUAAUAAUUGUAAUUAUCUUUGUGUAUUCUGUGAAUUCCUUGGACAAAUAUGUGUUCAGUACAUGAUUCUUUGGACGAGCAGGCGUCACAGGGAUCGUUCGUCCCCCAUGGACAUCAGGAUAUUCUGACUGCUGCCAUUGGGCGACUAGAGCACCCUGACCGUGUUCGUGUUGUUGGAGCCGGUGUCACCAUAAAGCAAUACUUUGGAUCGGCUUCACGAACGUCCCGCAGUUCUUCCUCCAUGCCUCCUGAAGACCUAGAACAGCUGACCCAACAAAUUAGAGACCAACUGGAGGAGUCAAUCACAGAAAAGGUGACUCGAAAGCUGAUGGUAUCCUUCAGCCAGAUGCAGUCCCAGUUUCAGUCUCAGAUGCAAUCACAAGGACUUGCACUACCUCUAGAGCCAGAGGUUGCUCCCUCAGGUCCUCGUGUCAGCACAAAGGAGAGUUGUGUUGCUCCCUCAGGGAACGAUCUAGGGACGGGUGACUCAGACAAAUGCGGGCUAUACAUUGAAGAAAAUCCUUCCCGUAGAAACAUGCAUGCCGAUAUAACAUGAUAGGAGGGAUAGAAUGACCUAAAUGUGAAACUAAUUUAAUCUUUUGAGGAGAAAAACUUUUGAAAACUAAAUAUUAUGACAAAAAAA